CCGCCGCUGCCGGCCGCCGCAGCGAUGGGCGACUACGGCAACGCGAUGAUGCGGGGUAACCCGGACGGUGGCGUACAGGGCCGUCCCAAGGGAGUGGCCCGCGCCAACGUCCAGCAGCUGAAGCUCAUGGGACAGGGUCACCCGACAGGGCUCACUCCGAAUCUGCUGAAGCUGUUCGAGGCCCGUCCGCCGCUCGAGCACAAGCCGCCCGUCGAGAAGCGCAAGCUGCCGGCUUACACGGGGAUGGCGCAGUUUGUAUCGCGGUUUGCGGAGCCUGGGGAUCCAGAGUAUGCUCCGCCUGUCCCAACCUGCGAGACUAAGGCCGAAAAGAAGGAUAGAAUCCGAAAACUUAAGCUUGAGCAAGGUGCAGCUAAGGUUGCUGAAGAACUUCAGAAAUAUGACCCACAAGGUGACCCCAACACCACUUCAGAUCCAUACAAAACACUCUUCGUUGCAAGACUUAACUAUGAGACAUCUGAAAGUAGGGUUAAGCGGGAGUUUGAAGCUUACGGGCCAAUUAAAAGGGUACGGCUCGUAACUGACAAAGGUACACAUAAACCUAGAGGAUAUGCAUUCAUUGAGUAUAUGCAUACUCGAGAUAUGAAAAAUGCGUACAAGCAAGCAGAUGGGAGAAAAUUGGACAACAAUAGGGUACUAGUUGAUGUGGAACGUGGUAGAACUGUUCCUAAUUGGCGCCCCAGGAGAUUAGGCGGUGGACUUGGAUCAAGCAGAAUUGGUGGUGGAAGUGCUGACCAGAAGCCCUCUGCUAGGGAGCAACCGAGUGCUGGACGCCCCAGAUCAGAAGAGCCUAAGAGGGAUGAUCGCCGUACAGAUAGGGAUCGUGAGAAGUCUUCUGAAAAGGUACGGGAAAGAGAUCGCAGUGAGAAACCCCGGGAGCGCUCCCAUGACCGAAUGCGUGAGCGUGAUUCAAGGGAAGAGAGGCACCGCCAUAGAGACCGGGACAGGACUCGGGACAGGGAUAGGGACCGAGGAAGGGACCGUGAGAAAGACCAUGGGCGGGACCGUGAUCGUCGUGAUAGAGAUAGAGACAGGGACCGUGGUCGGGAUCAUGAUAGAGAGGUCCGUGGUCGUUCUCAUGACCGUCAACGCGAGAGAGGCAGGGAUCGCGAGAGAGAUCACGGGCAUGCAAAUCACGAACGUGAACGCACUCGCUUGCAUGAUAGGGAUGCUGAUUAUGCCAAUGGUGAGCCAAAGCAUGAGAGAAGCUUAGCUGAUUAUGGGCAGGAUUAUGGCUAUAACCAGCCUGAGCAACACAAAAAUCACGAGGCAUACGGUUAUGGUCAAGAUGGGCGUGGGCAUGAAACUGAACGCUCGAAGCAACUUGAGUUUGAGUACUAUAAGGUGCAACCAAACACAGAACCUGAAGGCCCUGAGGAAGGUGAGGCCUAUGAGGAAGGUGACUACCAGUAUUACCAAGCAGCAGAAGAGCACAAGACUGAAACUUGAUCAGUGCAGUAAGUUUUGUAAACUGAAACUUUUUUAUUUUGAGAUACUUUGUUUUUUUGUGGUUGUGUUUCAACCAAAAGUAGGCACAAAGCAUGCCAACAUGUUGUCUCUGGCAGUCUGUAGCACAUGUUUUAUCUAUUCUGGUUCUGGGGCAGUGCAGUGUGGUCGCGCUCGCUCGGUACUUUGUGUUUAGUUUUGUCUGCCAAAUGCUAAAAUCUGUUCGGGGUUGCAUUUACCCUGCAAGUAUUCCAACCUAUAAGCGUUUUAUGGACUUGAA